AGCUGCAGCUCAAGUGGGGAUGCUCAGCUCCAUGGCUCAACUUUGGUGGCUUUGCUUUCUAGGCACCUCCUGGGCACAAAGUCCAGGCUUUGGAGUCUGGCACUUGGUGGAUGUUCUCUCUGUGAUUUGCCCAGGUGGUCCAGGCUAUGCCACCAUAACAAUGUCAAAGCCAACGACGGCGGAGUAUGAACCACACAUUCUGACCAUUUUCCGCACUGCAAAGAAUCCAGUGCAGCUAAAUUUCAUUGCUAGAGAUGCCAGAGGCAUCAUUGCUGAUCAAAGGCAGGGUGUGUCUUUGCAAGGCCAUGCACGCCGUGCGCGUCGAUUGGCGGAAGAGGUGCCAAGCGCUGUGCCAAACGCUGACUCCGCCAACCGCUCAACGGAUGGCCCCGCGGAUCACUCCACAGAGUUCUGCGAUGAGGACUGCCAGAGCCGACAGCUUUUUUCAAUGAGACGGCGCACAGCGAGCAGUGUGAGAAGACGAGGGACUGGGAUCAAGCCAGUGAACAUCAAUCCCAUGUCAUGGUUUACUCCUCGGAGAAGACGAGCCGCAGCAGCAGCAGCAGGUUAUGGUACAGCAGGGGCUGUAGCUGGUGCGACAGCUGGCGCUGCAGGUGCUUCUCGUCGGAGAGGCUCUUAUUCGCCUGCCCCUAGCCCCUAUGCGUCAGUGACAAGUCCAUAUGGCACCAGUUCAAGUUUUCAUCGACGCCGUUCAUACUCACAGGCAGGAUAUGGAGGUUCGUACCACAAUCCGUACACUUCCUACCUGGGUCCUUAUGGCUAUCCCAGCUCUAGCUAUGCAUCUCAGAUGUUUGGAGGCCACAUGCCGAUGGCCACUCCAUAUGGCUAUUCAGGAGCCAGUGCCUACUCAAGCAGUAGCGGUCUUCCCAUUGCACUAGCCGCCGGAGCUGGACUGCUGGCUGGCUAUGGUGGCAGCCACCUCUUACAUCACCACCACCACUGGUAUGGCUACAGCCAAGACGAUAUGUACAAUAUGCAAUGCACAUCUGGAACUUGGAGCGGGGCCUGCCGUUCCUGUGUUUCGAGCUACGGGGCCCAGAGAUGCAACGUGAUGGUCUCGCCCAACUUUGAUGCUGCUCGGGAUGAUCUCAUGUCCACAGGUUUUAUCCCAUCACAAGUCUCAUGGCCUUUGGUAAUCAAUGUGACCCAUAUCUCUGGAACAGACUUUGACCCAUCUACCAUAUGCCCGCCUCAAGAUGCUGCUCAGCAAGCUGCGUGGAAAGCGCCUCCAAUGAAGCAGGUCUUCUUCACACUUUCCGCGCUUCCUGGACGAAGUCCUGACAUGCUUGGCAAUAGCCAUGGCUACGGCUAUGGUCCAGGCAGCUAUGGCAGCUCCGGCUACAGCACAGGGUCUUCAGUUCUUUCCAACUUGUUGCUCUUAUGUUCCUGCCUCACCUGCUGCUACUUCCUCGAUCGAUGCCGCAAGGGCAUCGAGCACCCUCACCCCAUGGGCGUUUAUGACGGUCCACUUCCUGGCGCGCCAGGGAUGCCUGGUGCUCCCAACCCCUACUGGCACGGUCAGGAUGCUGGCCAUUGUCAUGGUCAUCAUGGAGAGGUUGUGCAGGGACAGGUCAUCAACGAUCCUCAUUGGAGGUGAACGUGGAUAUGAUUGGUGACCGUGAGAGUCAAUCCAUUUGUGCAAACUUUUUGAUCAGUGAGCCUACUCUUUGAUUCACGAUUUCUUACAAGAAGAGAUUCUACCUGCCCUCCAUGUAGCUCUAAAGUUGAUUUCUGAUUUGAUGGGAGCUUUGGAGUGAAGGCCUGCAGUGGGGGCACCUGGCUAAGGCGGCUAAGGAUGCUUGAUAAAUUAAGCUGACCAGCUUGAUGUCCAAAGCCGAAUCAGGGUGCUGGCCGAAGUGCCGGCAGUUUAAAAGGCAACUGCGACUCCAGUGCCACACCAAUCAUUCAACCAUGACAGACUCCGAUGUGAGCCUCACUGUAGGUGUGUGGCUGCAAUUCAGGCCC